AUGGGUUGCUUCGACUCAGCGAAGAAAAUACACCUGCGAUUGGUACGGAAUGUUUUAAAUAGAAAUUUAAUUCUGCACUCACAACAGGUGUCCGGCUUUUAUGAUUACUAUGCUCGUUGGCUGGAACAAUCCGGUGCGAGAAUUGUGCCGAUCCGUUACAACGCACCGCGCGAAGAAUUAGACGAGCUAUUCUCCAGUAUUAAUGGGUUGUUGUAUACCGGUGGCGACCUCUCUCUCAAGUUUGAUACCCCAUACUACAAAACGGCGCACUACUUGUACAACAAAGCUAUCGCAGCGAACGAUGAGGGCGAUUUCUUUCCAAUCUGGGGGACGUGCAUGGGAUUCCAGUUGAUCUCCAUAAUGGCCGCAGUUGACUAUUCGGUUCUUGACCACGGGGUGUACGACUCGGACGGCAUCAUGCUUCCCCUUGUUCCUACUGAGUACGCGAGUAGCAGCCGAAUGCUCGCGCGCGCUAGCAAAGAGUUGUUGCACGACAUCUUCGAAAAACCAACCACAGUCAAUUUGCACCACGAUGGAAUCACGCCCGAGACCUGGGCUAGUAAUGAGAAGCUAUCAUCAUUCUUUGAUGUUAUUUCCACAAACGAGGAUUCCAAAAAUAGACCCUUCAUAUCUACUUUUGAAGCGAAGGACUACCCCAUCUAUGGCGCUCAAUGGCACGGCGAAAAAGUUGCUUUCGAUUUCAUGGACAAGACAGAAUCGAAUGGCACUUUCAUAAACCACUCGUACGAAGCGGUGGCUGUCUCGCAAUACUUCUCCAAUUUCUUCGUCAGUGAGUGUAGAAAGAGCCAGCAUCGCUUCCAGAGCGCUACCGAAGAGUCGAAUCAUCUACUAUACCACUUCACACCUAGAAUUGAGGGGAAUUCGGCUGUGCUGUACACAUUCGAGUGA